GUGGGGCUUUGUGCAUGUCGGAAACCUUGAAUUCUAUUCUCUCUGUUGCAUUAGGCAAAGGUGCCCAUUCCGCGUGUGGUGAUCGCCGCGCAACCCCUCUUUUUUUCACAGCGCACCUCAGACAGCACCCACGACAUUGCAUUGGCUAUGGCUUCAGCAGUGCUCCCAAAAUAAUUGAUGUUGGGACGCGCCGACAUACCUAUCCAAAUCGCUUGUGAGUGGUUUGCAACAAAUACCAGCCAUAGCUGCAUGACUUGGGCACCUUCGAAGUACCGGUCGACAACACAUUCUCACCAUCCACGAUCACUGCAGCAUGGUUCAUAGGUCUGCUGCAACAGAAAAGGUGAGCCCAUCCAACUCGCCGGGCAAUCCUCCGGCUGCUACGAGUGGCUCCAAAUCGAGGGCUGGAGCUAACGCGGAGCCAGAGGCGGUGUCAACACUUCGCUGGCUACUCCCACAUCCCGCCCGCCAGCGCGCGCAGGAUCCGAGAUUGAGGUACCGCGUCGCAGGAGGACAUACACCACGGCUGCUUGUGAAGCCUGCAGAAAGCGAAAAGCCAAGAAAUGAGACGCAUUCACAAGCUCUCAAGCGCAAGUUUGGCGAGCUUGAGGCGCGAGCCGCCGUCUAUGUUGAGCUGUACGAGCUUCUUCGAGACAGAUCCGACAUUGAGUCUGCUGAAAUUUUCAAGCGCAUCCGGAUGGGAGGUCCCCGGAAAGUAUUCUACGCCGCAUCAAAGAAGGGGAUUUACUUCUACAGCUGUCACUGA